ACCCAUUUACACAUAAUUUCACAACACAAGUGAAUCAUCAAUGGCAAGUACAAGGAGAUUGGGUGUAGCUAUGGAUUUCUCUCCAUGCAGCAUCAAGGCAUUACAAUGGAUGGUGGAUAACACUACUAAAGAAGGUGACACCAUCAUUCUUAUUGUCAUUAAUCCAGAAGAGUACGAACAUGGUGAAAUGCAGCUCUGGGCAGAUACAGGUUCACCUAUCACACCUUUGGCCGAGUUCUGUGACUCUGCGUUAUCAAAGAAAUAUGGAAUAAAUCCUAACAAAGAAGUGAUGAAUAUUUCCACAACCGCCAUGGAACAGAAAAAGGUUGAUGUACUGGUAAAGAUCUAUUGGGGAGAUGCUCGUGAGAAAUUAUGUGAAUCAAUUGAUCACAUUCCUCUUGAUAGUCUUACCAUGGGCAACAGAGGCCUUGGAACACUCAGAAGGGCCAUAAUGGGCAGUGUCAGCAACUAUGUAGUGAAUAAUGCUACAUGUCCAGUUACUGUGGUGAAAAGUUCGGAGCAAAACCAUUAAUUAUUUUCUCUAAUUAUUUUGAUGUAUGAAUGAAUGAGUUUGAGAUUGUAUCAAGAAGACGUCAACCAUAACCAACUUCAAAUUUUAUUUUA